UGAGGUGCAUUCUGGGAGAGAGAGAGAGAGGAGUGAUUGACGUGGCGGCCAUUUUGCCGCUGGCCGCUCGGUUCCCAUUGUGUGUGAUAGUAAAUACUGACAGUGCCAGGCAAAGCUCUGCACAUAUUUCCCUGCGCCAAAUUAAACACAUUCGCUGAAGCAGAUUGAGGAAGCAUGGCCCGUACCAAGCAAACCGCCCGCAAAUCUACAGGAGGCAAAGCUCCCCGUAAGCAGCUGGCCACUAAAGCGGCCCGUAAGAGCGCGCCCUCUACUGGAGGAGUGAAGAAGCCUCACCGCUACAGGCCCGGCACAGUGGCUCUGCGUGAGAUCCGUCGGUACCAGAAGUCCACCGAGCUGCUGAUCCGUAAGCUGCCCUUCCAGCGCCUGGUGAGAGAGAUCGCUCAGGACUUCAAAACGGAUCUGCGCUUCCAGAGCGCCGCCAUCGGAGCCCUGCAGGAGGCCAGCGAGGCGUACCUGGUGGGUCUUUUCGAGGACACCAACCUGUGUGCCAUCCACGCCAAGCGCGUCACCAUCAUGCCCAAAGACAUCCAGCUGGCACGCCGUAUCCGCGGAGAGCGCGCCUAGACACUUCUCGUCCUGCUCCUUCCAUCCUUUCUGUCUUUCUCUCUCUCUCUUUCUGUCUUUCUGUCUCUGUCUCUCUCCACUCGUCUCUCCCCUUCUUUCUUGGUAGAGUUUAGAAUAUCUGCGACGGGGAGGCCAAUGUGUUUCAGUCUACUAGUGCUGUCUCACUGACGCGUAGGGUACCUGUAUGUGCAUGUAACAGACGCUUCUGAUCACUCGCUCGCGCGCGCACACACACACACACACACACACACACUCACUCACUCACGCAUGUAUAAGAGUCGGAGCGUAAACGAGGUCCACCCUUGCCAAGCUUGGGGUUUGAACACACACAGCAUGAGGGAAGGUGGAAUCUGGGGUUAGUCUGCUUAAGGGGAGCGGCAACUUCCACAGCAGGGUGCUACUAAAACUGCCCCAGACCACCUUCACUUACCCUCUUAUCCACCCCUCAAACACCUUAGAAACCUCUACCUGCCCUUAUCUGCCCCCACACACACCUCACAAACCCCUACCUGACUUACCUGCCCUAACAAACACCUCAGAAACCCCUACCUGACUUACCUGCCCUCACACACACACACCUCACAAACCCCUACCUGACUUACCUGCCCUCACACACACACACCUCACAAACCCCUACCUGACUUACCUGCCCCCACACACACCUCACAAACCCCUACCUGACUUAUCUGCCCUAACACACACCUCACAAACCCCUACCUGACUUACCUGCCCUAACACACACCUCACAAACCCCUACCUGACUUACCUGCCCUAACACACACCUCACAAACCCCUACCUGACUUAUCUGCCCUAACACACACCUCACAAACCCCUACCUGACUUACCUGCCCUCACACACACCUCACAAACCCCCUACCUGACUUACCUGCCCUCACACACACACACCUCACAAACCCCUACCUGACUUACCUGCCCUCACACACACACCUCACAAACCCCUACCUGACUUACCUGCCCUAACACACACCUCACAAACCCCUACCUGACUUACCUGCCCUAACACACACCUCACAAACCCCUACCUGACUUACCUGCCCUCACACACACCUCACAAACCCCUACCUGACUUACCUGCCCUAACACACACCUCACAAACCCCUACCUGACUUACCUGCCCUAACACACCCCUCAGAAACCCCUACCUGACUUACCUGCCCUCACACACACCUCAAAAAACCCCAGCUGAUUUACCUGCCCUCACACACACCUCACAAACCCCUACCUGACUUACCUGCCCUCACACACACCUCACAAACCCCUACCUGACUUACCUGCCCUAACACACCCCUCAGAAACCCCUACCUGACUUACCUGCCCUCACACACACCUCAAAAAACCCCAGCUGAUUUACCUGCCCUCACACACACCUCACAAACCCCUACCUGACUUACCUGCCCUAACACACACCUCACAAACCCCUACCUGACUUACCUGCCCUAACACACACCUCACAAACCCCUACCUGACUUACCUGCCCUCACACACACACACCUCUGAAACCCCUACCUGAUUUACCUGCCGUCACACACACCUCAGAAACCCCUACCUGACUUCUCUUCUACUCAAACACCUCAGAAACCCACCCUGUUGUUUGCAUGUGCACCCACAGGUCUAUGUCCCCCAGCCCAAAUGUGUGUGUGUGUAUGUGCGUGUGUGUGUGUGUGUGUGUGUGUAGGAUCAGCAAACCAGCAUCUAUUGGUUAUAAAGUUGUUACUUAUAAUAUUGAUGAUUACUAUUAUUGUUGAUGGUGUUUUUCUUUUUUUUUUCUUUUUUUUUUCUUUUUUUUUCUAUGAUGCAUAGUCAUGAAUUGUUUUACCACUGUUAUGGGACAAAAAAAAAAAGCAAAACUACAAAAAAUUUGAAUGAGAAAUUCUUUUUGGUUUUUUUUUCGUAUUAUUAUUAUUAUUAUUAUUGUUAUUAUUAUUGUUAUUUUUUAUUUUUUUUCCAUGGUGAUUGCCGAUCCUGCUCCUCCUGUUCUAACUUUCAGGCAGCCACAGGGGGGCGCUCUAAACCAGCCUCUCAUUCACUCUCACUGUUCUUCACGUCCCUCUCUCUUCUCUCUUUUCCCUUUUCUCUGUCCACUCUUUCUUUUUGUUUUUGUUUUGGGUUUUUUUUUUUUUUCUCCACAGAUCGGCAUUUGUUAAAAAUUGUAGCAAAAAAAAAAAAAUCACGUUUAGUUUUUGGAGUGUUUUGCUCUCUUCGUGUAGAUUCUCUCGCUCUCUCGUGAUACACAUGUAUAACCUCAUGUUCCUGUUUAUUUUUCUUAUUCAGAAAUUUAAAUAAGCUGAUCUUUGUAUUUUCCAAAUUUCUCAUACUAUGGUGGUAAUAAAUAGAUGUUACACAA